AUGGUAUACCCACCGAACGUCACAGUGACGUUCGGCACAUCCUCAACCCAACUAAACGUCGCCGCACUAAUCAAGCAAACCCUCCUGCUGAUGGUUAGGAGAGAGUUUCCUCAACAAUCCACCGUGGAUGCCAUCGUCCAGACUGAAGCCAAACGCGAUGUAAAGGCUGAAACACGCGUCCUCGAACGCUUGAAGGGCUGCCGGUACGUUGCGAAAGGGACGCAGACUGAGCUGGUGGAUUUGUACAAGGAUAUUCGGGAGUUGCAGACUGAGAAUGAUCGCUUGAGACGGAAGCUCAUUGAGCUCCUGAAAAACCUCAGACGACCUGUGGCCAGUGCGAUUUCCCCAUAUUCCUGUCCCUCUUGUGCCGCUCGCCAGACGUCUCCGCAGCCAGCUGAAGAACCACGGCCGCAGGAUCGAAUCGACAUGGACAUAGACAAACCUGAACGACACCAAAGUGCAUUAUCACCUUCGAAGCCUAGUCCGGCGCGAUACGCAUCAAUAGCGGUUCAGACGGACCAACCUGCCCUUUCAGCACCUAGUUCAAAAGACUCACCAUGUGAAGAGGACGGAGACGUCGAAAUGGACUCCUUAGAGGCUACAAGGUCAUCCCGAGUGUCUCGUCUCGAUUCACUACCUAACACCAUCUCCUCCAGUGGCCACGCUUCACCCCCACUGGACUUGCACUGCACCAAACAGAUACCGACACCAACUCUACGCUACACCCCACACUCCCGUAGUUCACCCAAUCACGACACGGCGCCUUAUCGCUCCACCUCACCCUCGCCCCCGAUAGACACUUCGAAAGGAUCGGGACCCCCAAACCUUCAAACAAGCUUUACGGGAACGGGAACGGAAAAGGAAACGAGAAUGCCGGGGUCGCAUCGAGGGGUACAAUCCAAUGAGGAUGCGGUGAAGCGAGGGUUAUCAGAGGAAGCCGAUCGAGGGUCACACAACGCACUCAAUCAGCAAGUGUUACCCGACGACGAACCUAAUCGACGAGUCGAUCUCGAUCACGAGCAAAGCCAUUCCUCGUCUGAACAAACCGUGACAUCCCGUUCUACCGAACCGCAGCUGCAGGGAUCCGCAGACCACGACGCAGUAGUAUGGGUGACCAAACGCCACAUCGAAAUCCUCUACAGCUCCACGAUCGACCAAUCACAGAACACCUUUUAUUAUUCCUGUCGGCUAUGCGAAGCCGACGAACCACCCGCCACCGCGUCCUUCCCAUCGAACGCUCCAUAUUCCGCACUACAACGACAUUGCGAAACGGCCCACUUGGAGGAUAGUGCGACGUUACGAGGUCUCUCGGCCGCCCAACUCGAGGAGAUAUUUGCGCGGCUUAACGAUGAUUCGGAGUAG